AAAAGAAAUGAGGCGUACCUGGGCCAAGAUUACAGGGCAGAAAUUUGACGACUCACUCAGUGGAACAAGGACAACCAUGCUCUCACGCUCAGCUCUAGCCUACGCACAUGACUCUUCUUUAGAAGGAGGUCUGAACCGUAUGAACAUUGGCAUCUCAACCACAUCCACUACGAGUCGUUCAACCAGUAAGACAAGCAGCGGUGGUCUGUAUCGCCCUGACGGCUAUCUUAGGAGUACCAGUACAUCAACAUCAGGGAACAUACCUUCUGGUGCGGAGUUUACCGGCAAUGGCAUUCCACCAUAUGGCUUUGACUAUGAUAUGAAACCUGUGGAUGACCCUGACACUGGCGAGAUCAACCGCAAACAUGACUCCGAUUCUGACAGCGACAUGUCAAAUGGAGACCACAUGGAACUGGCUUCCAGUCAUUCCUCAGAUGAUGACGAUGAUUAUGAAUAUGAGAAAGGUCCUCGUUGGGAUCAGCCAACUAAUAAAGUAUUAGAACGUGUCAAGUCUCAGACUCCCAAGGGUCCUGCUCACAGUACGCCAGUUGGGCGCAACUCUCCGACAUCACGGUCUCCUACGCGCUCUCCCAUUCAUUCCCCUGUUAACAUGAACAACCAUAGAAAGUCUCCGCUUUAUGACAAUGACAUGAAGUACCCCAAUGUAGUCAAACUCCCAGAUAUAAGGUCCAGUGUGGAAAAAAUCCCUCCUAUAUAUGAAGAAGAUAACAAAGCUUACAUAGUCCCUCCAGAGAGAAGUGACAGCCUGCCCCCAAAUGGAGUCCAUGAUGGUCCCCCAUCUAAACCACAGCACCUGCGGGACAGGGUUGCAGUACAGGUCCUCACACAUAAUGGCAGCAUAUCUUCAGACACAGAGGAGGAAGAUCAUGAAACAGAAGUAUGACAUUCAAGGUCAAGGUCACCAAGACGAUCCAAUCAGAAUCUGCCUUAGAGGACCAUGUGACUUAGUGUUGAAGAUGUAUUUGUAGCAUGUGUAAAUAUUCUGUGAAUGUAAAUGUUAUUUAUGAAGUCAUGUCUCAUGGCUGUAUUUUCUGAUUGCAUUUAUUUCUGCCAUUUAGACAUGGCAUUUUUUUAUGCAGAGAAUUUGAAAAAUGCUUGCCAUUUCAUUGCGGUGCAUAUGAGGUGCAGUUUAUUAGGGAAAACAAUAUAACGUUUUAUUUUUUUCUUUUUUAAGUAACUUUUUUUAUCAUUUGUUUUUUUUUUCUUAAAAUCUACAAAACAGAAAAAUACUUUCCAGCUUAAGAUAAUCAGACUUUUAGUUCAAGUAUUAUAUCCUUGGAGUGCCUUUUGUACUGGAAUAGACUUGAAUCUAAAGGAACCAGCAAUGUUGUUUGAAAAAA